AAAGGAUCGAAGAGAAACGGCGCAGCUUGAGCGCCUGCAGUUGUCUCCUGUUCUCCGGCCCGCGGGAAACACCGCCUCAUGACGGGAGCUUCAUGCUGACUGACUGCGGGACAUGGGAAUCCUCAGCAUUACAGACCAGCAUCCACUGGUCCAAGCAAUAUUCAAUCGCAACAAAGAAGAAGUACGUGCAUUGCUAAGCCAGAAAGAUAAUGUCAACGUGUUGGACCAAGAAAGACGCUCUCCCCUGCAUGCUGCUGCCUACUUAGGAGACAUCCCAGUUAUCGAACUUUUAAUUCAGUCAGGUGCUAAUGUAAAUGCAAAAGAUUCAGUUUGGCUCACUCCUUUGCACCGAGCUGUGUCGUCACGCAAUGAGAGAGCAGUCUCCCUCCUUGUGAAGCACUCUGCUGACGUCAAUGCUCGAGACAAGCACUGGCAAACUCCACUACACAUCGCUGCUGCCAACCGGGCAAACAAAUGUGCAGAGACGUUAAUUUCGCUAGUGAAAAAUGUCAACCUAGCAGACCGUACAGGACGCACAGCUCUUCACCAUGCUGUGCUUAGUGGUAACCUGGAGAUGGUGGUCAUGCUUUUGAACAAGAGAGCCCAUCACAGCAUAUGUGACAAAAAAGAGCGACAUCCAAUUAUUUAUGCAUCAUACUUGGGUCAUUUGGAGAUUGCAAAGCUGCUGAUAUCCCGGGGUGCAGAUGCUAUGUCGAAGGAUAAGAAGGGUUACACGCCACUCCAUGCAGCAGCAUCUAGUGGGCAAAUUGAUGUAGUGAAGUACCUGCUGAAACUUGGUGUGGAGAUUGAUGAGCCUAAUGCCUUUGGGAACACUGCCUUGCACAUUGCUUGUUACAUGGGUCAGGAUGCUGUUGCCAAUGAACUUGUAAACUAUGGCUCCAAUGUCAACCAGCCCAAUGAAAAGGGUUUCACCCCACUUCACUUUGCUGCUGUCUCCACCAAUGGGGCCCUGUCUCUGGAGCUGCUUGUCAACAAUGGGGCUGAUGUCAACUUCCAGAGUAAAGAAGGGAAAAGCCCUUUGCACAUGGCUGCGAUUCAUGGAAGAUUUACACGCUCCCAAAUUCUAAUACAGAAUGGUGGUGAAAUUGACUGUGCUGAUAAAUAUGGCAAUACCCCUCUGCAUGUCGCUGCUAGAUAUGGGCAUGAGCUGCUAAUUAGUACAUUGAUGACAAAUGGUGCUGAUACUGCAAGGCGUGGCGUACAUGGCAUGUUUCCCCUGCACUUAGCUGUUCUCUUUGGGUUCUCAGACUGUUGCCGUAAGCUGCUUUCCUCAGGUCAGUUGUACAGCAUUGUGUCCUCGCUCAGCAAUGAACAUGUGCUGUCUGCAGGCUUUGAUAUUAACACACCUGACAACCUCGGGAGGACUUGCCUCCACGCUGCUGCUUCAGGCGGAAUUGUUGAAUGUCUUAACUUACUGUCAAGCAGUGGUGCUGAUUUGAAGAGGCGAGAUAAGUUUGGAAGGACUCCAUUGCACUAUGCUGCUGCUAAUGGCAGCUACCAGUGCAUAGUGAGUUUGGUCACAGCUGGAGCCAGUAUUAAUGAAGCUGAUUAUAAAGGCUGCACCCCCUUACACUAUGCUGCUGCUUCAGACACAUACAGGAGAGUGGACACACACUCUGGAAUGAGCCAGGAUCCAGAGGAAGAGCUGGUGAAAGCCUCGCGCCAGAAGGAGGCUUUCUUCUGCUUAGAAUACUUGCUGGAUAACAACGCGGAUCCUUCACUUCGUGAUAAACAGGGAUAUAGUGCUGUUCACUAUGCCGCUGCAUACGGUAACAGACAAAAUUUGGAACUGCUCCUGGAGAUGUCCUUUAACUGCCUGGAAGAUGUGGAAAGCACUGUACCAGUUAGCCCUUUGCACUUAGCUGCCUUCAAUGGUCACUGCGAUGCCCUAAAAACUCUGGCAGAGACGCUGGUGAACUUGGACGUACGUGACCACAAGGGCCGCACUGCGCUUUACCUCGCCACAGAGAGAGGAUCUGCAGAUUGUGUGAGUGUUCUGACCAGCCAUGGUGCCUCACCUCUUAUAAAGGACCGCAGGAGGAAGUGGACACCACUGCAUGCAGCAGCUGCCUCUGGGAACAUUGAUUGCCUGCACCUGCUGAUCGAUUGCAGCGAGAGACCGGAUAUUACUGAUGUGAUGGAUGCUCGUGGGCAAACCCCGCUCAUGCUUGCUGUGAUGAAUGGUCAUGUUGACUGUGCUCAUCUGCUGCUGGAGAAAGGGGCUGCUGUGGACGCGGAAGAUAAAAAGGGGAGGACAACAAUUCACAGAGCGUCUGUUACAGGCUGUGAGGAUUGUGUGGGAGCCCUGAUGGAACAUGAUGCCUUUGUGCUGUGUCGGGAUUUCAAGGGACGCACACCUAUUCACUUUGCUGCAGCUUGUGGACAUGCUACCUUAGUGCAUGUGUAUUUGCAGGCAGCUCUUUCAAUAGACCCACUGGAUGCAGUGGUGGAUUAUAAUGGAUAUACUCCCAUGCACUGGGCUGCUUACAAUGGGCACGAAGAUUGUUUGGAACUGUUACUUGAACACAACCCAUUUGCUUACCUCGAAGGAAACCCUUUUACCCCUUUGCACUGUGCAGUAAUUAACAGCCAAGGUACGGCUGACCUACUGGUAGAAGCUUUGGGUGCCAAGAUUGUGAAUAGCAGAGAUGCCAAAGGGAGGACUCCUCUUCAUGCUGCAGCAUUUGCUGACAAUGUGAACGGUUUACAGCUACUUUUGCGCCACCAGGCUGAGGUCAAUGCCACAGACCUCUCUGGUCGGACAUCUCUGAUGAUGUCAGCAGAAAAUGGAAGAACUGCAGCAGUUGAGUUCCUGCUGUUUCACAUGAAGGCGGAUUUAACUGUGAUGGAUAUCAACAUGAACACUGCGCUUCACCUAGCCUGCAGCAAGGGCCAUGAAAAGUGUGCCUUGCUGCUUCUAGGGGAGACCCGGGACCUUGGCCUUAUCAAUGCAACAAACAGCAUGCUGCAGAUGCCUCUUCACAUUGCUGCUCGCAAUGGACUGGCAUCGGUUGUCCAAGCUUUGCUUACAAGAGGGGCCACUGUGUUGGCUGUGGAUGAAGAAGCAGGUCACACCCCAGCCUUGGCCUGUGCGCCAAACAAGGAUGUAGCGGACUGCUUGGCACUUAUCCUAUCCACCAUGAAGCCUUUCCCACCAAAAGACGCCAUCCUACCCUUCAGUUUCAACCUUCUGAAAAACUGCAGCAUCGCUGCCAAGACUGCCCUUCCUAAUGGUGGCAGCUGCCCCUACACAAAGGAUCGUCAUGGUUCUAUUGCCAUGGAUGGCUGCUACUCUGAGUAGCUUCUUUCACCCACUGGGUGAUGCAACCUUACAUUUAAUUUAUUUAGGAUCAAUUUAGGGCACUUUUAAAGGAGAAUAAGACACAACAUGCAGUGGUGUUGAACUGCUACUAGGCUUCCCUGCCUUUGACCUGCUCUCCUGAGCUGCCCUGGCUUGCACUGAAGCUUAUGUAGUAUUGUACCUUACUUGUGUAUGAGGUGGAGAUUCUUCCUAGGUGAAAGGAGUUUUAAACUGAAAGGGUUCCCCUCUCUCCAUCUGCACAGUGAGCUGCCCUCACUAAAUGCUUCCAUGGUGUCUCUUGCAGAAGGAUAAAAGAGAGUGCGGCAUUGGAAUUUAUAAGUUCACUCCAGUUAUUGGUCUCUUUGCUGCUGUAAGUUUUUUUGUUUUUUUUGUUUUUUUUUUUAACCCAUUAUAUAUUUCAAGAGUUACCAGGCCUUAAUGAAUUUCAGAAGCAGCUUAGAAAGUCUGUCCCUGGGAGACUGGACCUGAUAGUCAGGUGGUGACUUGUCAGUCGGUUGAAAUCUACAGACAUGUAGCACUAUUAUACCCAUUACCUUAAAACUAUCACAUAUGUUCAUGACUGAUGCAUAGCAGUUUUUUUUUUUUGUUUUUUUUGCAGAUUACUGAUUGAUUCUGAUACAAACGUGCGCAUACUUCCUAUUUAUGCAAAACAGGUGCCUCGAUUAGCCAGUCUAACGCAUCAGAAAGUAACAUUUCCAUUAUCCACUGCUGCAAAAUACCCCCAUCAGCUAGGCACUUUAGUGGUUCUGUGUUUUCUAGUGCUUUAUUCUGCCACCCUGUCUUUUUGUCUGCAAUUUACUAGAUGGUACAUACCAUAUUGUCAGUAUUUUUAAUUAUUUAUUUAACCCUUUCUGUUGGACGGCAUGUUUGUUUUGUAUACUAGACCAUGCAAUUUGCGAAAGGGAUAUAUAUAUAUAUAUAUAUAUAUAUAUAUAUAUAUAUAUAUAUAUAUAUAUAUAUAUAUAUAUAUAUAUAUAUAUAUAUAUAUAUAUAUAUAUAUAUAUAUAUAUAUAUAUAUAUAUAUAUAUAUAAUCUAUAUCUUUGGCAUUUAAAAGAUUUUUUCCCUCAUUUUUCAAAGUACAAUUUGCACUUGAAUUCCUUCAAUAUCUAAAUCUGUAACCUUUCUGUGUGUGCACCUGAGUACUAGAUGUUUACUAGCAUAUGCAAGUAUUUAGUUGCAUAGGGAAUGUGUUUACUUGAGGAAUGUAAGAAUGGUGCUUUCAUGUUUGUGCAUUUUUAUUUUAGUUUACUACAGUAAUGUAAUAUAGUUUUUAUUUUUAUUUAGCAUGAUAUUAGCAACCUGAUCCAGAUAGAAAACUUGCUUUAAAAAGGCAUUAUUUUGAUUUGUAUUGAGACUUACAAAUGCUUUAGGGGGCAAGGUUUUAUCAAUAAUUAUUAGCCCAUGUUUGGAUGAAUUACCCUUUUCUGCCUAGAAUUUGCUAUUGAAAUCUGUCAGGCUAUUUUUUUAACCAUUUGAUCUUAUAGCAAUUUAGAACCUAUUGCCAAAAAAUUAAGCCUUGGGAAAAAAAAAAAGUAAUUUUUAAGUGAGAAAUUAUUGGUGCUAAAAGCUGUCUUUAUUGAAAUAGUAUUCACUUUUCAUAUAUAUAUUUUUUUUUUUUAAAAUCAUAGCCUUUUGCAAAAAUGAUCAUGUAGUAAAUUUAAUGGAAAGUAAUCCCUAUGAUAAAGGAACCCAAUCAUAUGGGGCUAAUAUACUAAAAUAGCUGCUAAACUGUACCAGUCUGGUUAACCAUAGCAAGCAAUACUGUAUUUGCUCUGGUUUUCUUUUUUGUAGUUAACAUAUCAGAACUGAUUCUUAUUGGUAGCCAUGUGUAAUGGCUCUCUUCCGUUACGGUUUAGUGGCUGUGUUAGUAAAUAAGGCCCAUAGUCUUCUUUUUCUAUCAAGUAAGAUUUUUUUUUACAGGUACUAUGAAAAUGAGCCGCUAAGGUUGCUUAUUUCAGAAGAAAGUCAGCAGACUUGUUAAACCCAAAUUAUUAUGUUACUGCCAAACCAUUAUACACAAAUUAGGAUGAACCAUAUGGCUUUAAUGUAAUAAGAAAGCUGAAAAUAUUGACUGCUGGAGAUUUUGAGAAAUAUUGGAGCAUGUUGCUCAACUGUCCACCUUUUAGAUUUAUAAACUCAUUAAAAGUUGGGCUGCCCAUAAUAAUGAUCCCUGUUAUAAUAUAAUCUUUUUAGUAGCUUCUUUUUUUUUUUAAUUGCCUUCUAAGUUAUUGUGGGGGGAAAAAACAAAAGCAUAAGCAUAUAUACUUGUAUAUCGUGAUACAGAAAAAGAAUAGGCAAAAUACACUAUUAAAAUUGCAUCUGGCUAUGCUCAUGCAGAGCAAAGUGAUGUCUGUGCUUAUAAUGCUUCAGUAAAACAACACUGACGAGACUAUUUAGUAGUGUGCUGUAACAACACCGUCACAUAUACAGGAACACUCUGAUUUUUCAGUAUCUCCAUAUUGUGCCUAUAUGUAUAGGACAAUAACGCACAGAUGGACAGGGGUUGUAUGCCAUUUUUUAGAAUAGCAUUUUAUGUUACAACUACUACAUCAAUUCUCCCAUAAACUUUAAGAAGCAGAAUGUAACCUUUUAAAGCAUCCGUUAAAAAUCUUGAAGUUGUGUCUGUUAACACGAGAUCUUGAUCAUUUAAAAUAUAUAAAAAUGACUUGGGUCAAGAAAAGGUAGUUGUCUUAUAAGCAGUCAUUGUACCAAUUGUUCAUAGUUGUAUGUGUAGCCAACUCAUUCAAAUUCCUAAUGUAAACUGACACCUUGCCUUCAUUUGUUUUAUAAAUAGCCAAGUCUUGUAUAUAGUGGGAAAUGCAAGUUUCACCCUAAGUGAACUCCUAUCUACAUCAUUAUUACUUAAAAAAAAAAAUGUCCAGUUUAAAAUUUUAAUGAGCACCAAAGUCUUUGAGGUGUAUUUAUUAAUACUCUCUACAAACCUCCCUGUUCGCAUAUCGCAACCAAUAUGCAGUUAGACUUGAACAGUCAUUACAAGUUGGAAAACAUAAGCAAAGAUCUGAUUUGUUGCUUAUGGGUAACAUCACCAGUGAGGUUUGUCUCCAGUGUUAAUAAAUAUUUGUUAGAACCCACCUCUAUAUUAGGGAAGCCAGAAGUCUUUAUUUAGUAAAAAAUUUGUUGGACUAUUACUGGAGUCUUUAGAUUUUAUUUCUGUUGGAGAUUAAAUAUCCAUGCCCUCUGAUAUAUGGUGCCAGAUGCAGUGAUUGAAGUACUCUAAGGCCAAGCACCAGGUCACAUGCUUAGCUAAAUGCUCAUUGUUGCUCCCUCUGAGUGGAAAUACAUGAGGGCUGAUUUACUGUGGGUAGUGGCAUAAGUGCUGCUCAUACACAUAAGAAUUUGCUGCUACCAACAAGGGAUGCAGUUUACACUUUGCACCUUAUGUGCAGAGUUGCAGGGCUCAUAAGGCACAAUAGAGCUUUAAUGACAGCCCUGAGCAGACAUUAAAGGAAGUUCAGACAUUUAUGCAUCUUUGCUACCUAAGUCCAAAUGGAGGUAUAUUUUCACUUUUUAUGUACAGACAUCAGGCUUUUAAAUUAAGAUUUGUUUUGUUUUGUUUUGUUCCCCACCUUUAGUCGUGAGUUAUGCAGUCCCUGCAAUCUUUUCCAUAAUCUGCUGCUGGAGGUCAACAGUACAUGCAUUACACUGUUGCAUUAAAAGCAUGGUUUGACUUAAUAGGUUUUCAUUUCAUUAGGUAAUUCACAACACAGACCACACAGCUCUCUUGGCUGGCUCUGUUUUGAAUAUAAUUCCAUUUGUCCCAUUUAGCUUACUUUUACGUUUCCGUGGCUCUUUCAUAUGGCACUUUUUAUUGCACUCCGUUUGUGUUAACGCUUUGAUGGAUGUUUUGAGAUUUCUUUAUUUUGCCUGCUAGUUUAAUUCUAGUCACAGUAUUAGUCAGGAUUCAUUUAUAUUUCUUAAAUGCAGAAGCCCAGUGCACAAAGUGGAUGGUGUCCAAAAUCAUUGCUUAUGCCUACAAAAGCCGUGUGUGGAUUUUUUUUUUUUUUUAAUUCCACAGUCAUUUAAAUAACUAUAUAUGUUGUCCCUAAAAUUUAGAGCAUAGUUAUCUAGUGUUUUCUAAAAUUUAGAGCAAUUACAGUAGACCGCUCUCUGGGUCACCCUUAAAAGUUUUUAAGGACAGAAUUGGUUGAAACCGUUCUCAUAAUUCUUGGAACUGACAAUGAAUAGUGCCUCAAAUGGAUGAGAGAGAGUCUUUUUCUGUUGGCAGACAUUACGUUUUCUGUUUACGUGCGUUUUUGUGUAUGUGAGAUUUGCACUAUUUAUGGCUGACCUGGGCUUCAAUAUAUUUGAGUACCAUGGACUUCAGGGGAAUAUGAAACAAAAAGCUAAGCCUUUUGUUCUUCUUUCAGUCUGUUGGAAAUAGGAUGCAUACGUUGACAGAAACUGUAGUAGUUGCAAGCAGACUGAGGCCAUGCCCCAUACAGCCUACACAUUAUUUACAAAGAAAUGCUGUUAAUCUACCCCUCUUUUUCUAUACGUGAAUGCAAAAGUGUUACCCUCUUCAGUCAAAACAAAUUACCUCAGAUUGCUGUUGGAGUUUGAAAACUUGAAUAAACUUCUCUGCAUGUUUUUUUUUUGUAGGGAAGCCAAGCAGGCCAGUUUGCAUUAUGUUUUUGUAUUUAGUCAUCUGCACUAUUUGGUUCUUUUCUUGUGUGCCUUCUUAAAAUGUAGCAUUUGUACAUUUUUGUUUUAUUUCUACAGAAGAUGGUGUGGUUGUGUGUGUGUGUGUAUGCGGGGGGGUGUCUGUAGAUAUAUAUAAUAAGCUGUUAGAUGUUAACGCUAGAAAGAAACCGCUUUGGAACUGAUUAAUAAUGGGAUUCAUGUUGCCAUCUUUUAUUUAUGCCUUUGCCUCAGACAAAUGCUUGGGUCCAAAGAUGCUUUCUUGUAGUGGUAAGGGCUGAGUAGUUGCAUUAAUGGGGCACACUUUUAUUUUUCUGAAGGCAUUCGCUCCACUGCCCUGUCUAGCAUUUUAAUUUUUUUUAAUCACAUCAUUAUUUCCCUCCUUUGAGAAGAUAAGUGUCUUAAUAUUAUGCUAUUGUUUUGCACAGAGUGUUAGGAGUGAAGAUACGUGGUACUGUAAAGCUUAGUUGAGACCCACUAGCACUGUUCCUGUGACCUCAAAUCCUGCUUUUCAGUGUAUCAUCAUCAUCAUGUCACUGUUUUAGUUAUUCAUGAGAUAGGCUCCUUCUUUGGUGCUUUAUGUUAGAUCAUUUCACAAGUGUUGCCUUGUCCACAUUGUGGUAAGGUGGUUGUAAUAUGUUUAAUAAUGUGUUUGUGUUCCACUGUGCAAAUUAACUUACUUGCCCACCCUUUCCAUUUUGCAUGUUGUGAAAAUGAGACAAUCAAAGUUCUGUCAAAAGGGCUUUCUAGCAAAUUCUUUUCUCUGGCUUGGCUUUGCUUACUCUGUUCCAGCUAUUUUUACUGGUGGGGACAUUUUGCAGCAGUUUUGCCCUUCUACAUUCUCCUUUCACCUAGAAAGCAGCGCUGUCUUGUUCUCCUUUAACAAAUCCAAUGUGUGCUUUAGCAGCACAGCUUGACAAUUCUAAGUAAUAAAUUGAGUGUUUAUUUUUCGGGGGGCCGAGCGUGGUUACGCAAAGAAAAGAUGCAUUCAUUUGCUCUGAGAGAUGUUGUCUGGUUCCCUGAGUGCAUUGUUUACAGGGCUGUCCUGAAACUUCCAUUCCUAUCCUCCCACCUACUCUACCUUUAAUCCAUGCUGCCCUUUCUUUUGACUUCUAUUAUUCAUUCGAAUGGUUUCUGUUUAGGGGUUUCUCUUAUCCCAAACGGUUUCCUUUUUGCUUUCACACAGCAAAUUAUUAUGCCAAAGUACCCCUGUUUUUUCCAUCCUUCAACCUAGUAUUUCUGGUCCAGCCCUACUUGUUCAUUGUAAAUGUGUCACUUGUGGCAUUAUUUGGACCCUUAACUGGAUCUUGCCUUCUGCCAUUCUCUCCAAAAAUGGAAGUUUCUUUCAGCUCCUAAUGCAAAGCACUUGUGUCAUUAAUAAGCACUUUUCAUAACUCUGCUGCUGGUGCCUGCAGAACAUUGCUACUGCAAUGCAGUCAAUGUCCAUGCAGCAGUAGAGGAUUAAGGUAUGUAGGGGUUUGACUUCCUGUAAGAACACAGAGUAGAUAGGAGUGGGUGGAAUAAGCAAGAGAAGUCUACUUUAUCCUCCAUUGCUGUGCUCAUUCCUUUCGGGUAAUACCUUAGUAGUGGAGGAGGAGAAGAAUGCAAUGGUUUAAAACGAAUGAGAAGGAACUUAAGAAAAAAAGAAAAAAAAAAAAAAAAACAGCACAAAUGCAUUUCAUAUACAGGUUUACUUGCACUGCCACUGUAUAAAGAAGGAGCUACACUUAUGUGGAUAGCUAAUGUGAGCCAUAUUGCUGAAUGUAUCCUCCGACAUGAUAUACCAAGAUAUUAAAUUGAAAUAUGGUUGACACUUCUUGGUUACUCAAUGGUUGGUUGCCAUUGACUUUGUGAGAGGCUUUUACAGCCAAUUAUAUUAUUAUUAUAGAUUUGUUUUGAUUUUUUUUUUUUUUUUUAAUCUUGCUUUGGGUUUAUUUUUAAACAUUUGACAAUUGUUCUCUAUUCCUUGCCACACGGACACUUUCAUAUGUUCUGAAUUUAGAGAGCAAAAGAAUAAGGGUAUAGACAUGCAGAGAAUUUAAUGUUUUCAGGUCUUUCUUUCUUCUUUCAAUCUUAAACCUUUAAAAGAAUUGCAUGGAAUGACUCACUGGAAACUAUGUGGUUUGAACCUCUACAACAUUAAGUAGGGAACUGAAAGGGAACUGUUUUGUUUCUCAUUUUUUAAAAAUAUUGCAAGAAAAACUGGACCAAAGUAGAAACCACACUGGUGUUCGGAAAGGGCCACAGCUCUGAUUUUCAACAAAAACCCAUGCUGGUUUCUGACUGUUAUACUUAAAUUUACCAUGUAUGAACACUAUAUUGUUUAUUAUGUGUAUAUUAAUUUAACAGCAUUUGCACAAGCACACUUACUGCAUCUCUUGAUGAAUCUAGCUAAUAUUGCUACUUUGAGCCUCAAAAGCCAUGGAACCACUAGGAGCCAAAAAUAACAAAAUUGCCUGUACCCCAGUCUGUUUUAGCAAUAUGACGUGUAAAUUUUUCUUCCCUACUUUUGUGACUUUGUGAAAUUAAAAUAGGAACAUUUCGAAAUUGAAAUUCAAUUGUGAAUAGACUGAACCAUCAUGAAAGGAAUAUCCUGCUGCUUGCUAAUGCUGUUAUCCACAAAAUCAUAACUGAAAUCAAACUGUGUUUAAAUGGGAAACUGGGCCUAUUGAUAACCCUUAGUAGAAAUACAUGGGCCCACACAUCUGUGUAGUGAUCUGAUAGAUUGGCCUAUGCAAUUAACCUUCCAGGCCCUGUAGAACUAGCUUAAUUGAAAGCAAAGGCAAGAUAUUAGCCUUACUUACAAAGUGGGUGCUUGUCACACAGGGCAGUUUUGCCCAAUGCAACCCACAGCAACUAAUCCAAUGUUUGCUUUCAAAUGAUAAUGCUUGUUUAUAGGGGAGAUCUAGCCUUUUCUUUCCUGAAGCAACAAAUUAGGCCUUCCCAGCAGUGCCAUGAACUUAGUGGGAGCACAUUAUUUUUAAUGUAGGUGGUUUAUUGGCUCCAAUGUGGGGGAGUGUGAUUCUGUACAAUAUUCAAAAUUUUUGGGGGUUUUUUGUUGGGGGGGUGAAUAACGGGAGACAUCUUAUGUGACUUCAUGAGGUCAACUAGCUUAGCAAUGUACAUACUGUACUGUCACCUUUGAUCCACAACUAAUGAUUUCCAAAACAAAAUAUUAGCAACCAAUAUUCCACCCCACAGACACAUGAAAGCAUUGUGUUACAGGCAGCUUUGCAGUGCUGAGUUUAACCAAAUUGUAAUAAGAAGUCAUUGAGCCAAAAAAAGUUUACAGGCAGCGGCUACAUAUUGUUGCCAAAAUGCAAAAUGUGUUUUUUGUUUUUUUUUCUUGCUUUUAUUCAUUUUUAGUCCAUAGUAAACAAAGGUUUCUCCCUAGAAACAGUGCUGAAAUUUAAAUUAUCAUUAAAAAAUAUCUUUGCUUAAGUCAAAAUUCUUUACUGUGUUCUGUAGAUUUAUUGUUUGAAAGCUAUAAGCAAAAGUACAUUGUGGGGGCAAUUUUAAAGGAGUUUUAAAGUGAGUGGCAUCCAGUUGCUUACUACAGAGUAUUGUUCGCUUUAUAGAGCUUAAUUUAAUUCAGUAGCCUUCAAUUUAAUAUGCAACUCAAUUACAAAUGUAAACUACAUGUGCUUUACUUGACCACUGUGUAUGGAUUUAAAACUCCCAAAUUCUUUAUUAAUAAUGCUUAACUAAAUUUAAAUAGUGGGGUCUCACAAUGCAAAAAACAAAAUGCUGCCCAUUGUUUUCAAUCACAUAAAUAGUAGUAAGGAUUUGUUCCUGUUGAAGAUAAGCAUUACAUUAUUAGAAAUAAAAAAUUGUAUUCAUUUUUUGCUUAAUUUUGAACUGAAAAUUAAAGCCUCCCGCUUAAACCAUUCUAACUGGGCACUGUUGUUUAGGCAAACUGGUGAGCCUUGUUAGAUACUGGCACAAUUUUGUCAUCAUUGUGUCAUGGAUAGUAUAUAGGACAUAGUACCUCACUCAUGAAAGGGGUUAGUUGAUCAUAAAGAAAACCAGUCCAAGAUUAACUUGACUGGGGUUUCUUUACAAUAAAUUAAGCCUCACCAUGAGGAUGAAUGUGGUACUUUGUCCUCUUGUGCCUGAUACUUUAAAGACCUACUUGCCUGAGGGCAGGUAAACCAGUAGAGUGAUGGUUCUUUUAUUUUUAUAUACAACUAUGGGAAUUUUUCACCAAUAUGAAUUCAUGAAAAUUUAGAGGCCUAUUUGUCGAAUUUUAGUGGUUUUAGAGGGUUUUGAAACCAUGAUUAAACUCACUUUCUCGAAAAUCACUGUCAUUAAAUUUUUUUAAAGAUCCGAAUAUAAAAAGUAUUACGGAACAAAAACUGGACGAUGCUCUAAACAUACAAAACCUACAAACCUCCAAAAAAUUGGAAAACCUCUCAGACUGAAUCGAUAUAAAAUGAUCUAAAAAGUUCAGUGCAGGUCUCGUUGACUUCUAAAGGCCCUCAACAGCUUUUACCCGACACAUUUUUGUAUUGGAGGGUUUCAUGAUUUUUAUGCUUAAUAAAUCUUGAAUUUUAAGAGUUUUAAAGAAAUUUAGAAAAACCACAAUUUUUUAUAAUGUUCGUAAAUUGGCCCCUUCCUCGCAAGGACAAAUGUGGGAAAAUAUUUGCUCAAAAUUGACUAUUGGAUAUGGCCUUCUGGUAAAUUACCUAUUUAGAUCAGAAAUCCCAUACUUGUAUGUUUAGUUUUGUAUUCAUGAGUAAGCAGUUGUUUUGUUUUUUUGUGCAGAGCAUGGGGUAGCUUAUUUUUAAAGCAAUCAACACUAGUUUUUCUAAUCCAGAGACAAAACACACCAUCAUGACCUCUAGUGAACUGGCAGUUUCUUCAUAUUUUUAGCACAAGUUGAUUAAAUGGUGUUAAAAUAUCCUGUUUAGAACUGAUCUAUGUGUCUAGCCUGGCAGUUAAGCAUUGCAUGACAAGUGUAGCAUACCAUCAGAACGGAUUUAAUUUUAUACAGCAUAUAGUUUCAAAGUAGACGGUUUGUUUGCAUACAGCGGUAUUACCUACUGUAGAAAUCUUUUGGUUUGCAUAUAUUUAAUGGUUAUUACAGAUAUAUAAAUAAAUGUGCAUGACCUGUUUAACUAGUGUAGAAGUAAGUGUCCACUCCAUACAGGUCUUUAAAUCCCCUUGAAAAAUAUGUAAUUUGGGUAAAUGCAUAGUGUUGCCUCAGUUUACUUUUAUUCUGCUUAACACCUUUGCAAAUAAACCAAAGCUUAGCAGAUAAAAGAUGGGAAGACUGAGAAUUUAAUUUCCAUGUUAAAACUGUUCCUCAUCAAGUGGUGCUAAGUAAUACAAUUGGUAAAACUUGUAAUAUAGAAGCACCUAGAAGAUACCCAUAGAAAAUGGAAACGCUCUAUUCGUAAAACCUGAGUAAUUGCCAUGAUUCAUGUCUCCAGCAGUGAAUGGUUUAACCAUACCUCUCUACCUCCAUUUGCACGUGGUUGCUACUUGCGUAACAUUUGCACAAAAUCCAGUCCAGCAAUUGAUCUUGUGGCAAUAAAACCUGUAAUGAUGUUUGUAAUCAUGUUACCUUUUGGUCCGUUGGGGAAUAGCUAGUAUAAACCAACUUGGAAAGACUUUUCUUAAGUCUCUGUAAAUGCUGCAUUAAAGUUAUUGUCUCUAACUUUAGUUAGAGAGGCAGCAUUCCUGCUGUCAGAUCAACUAAACAUUGGGACAGACGCAUUACUCCCUCUGAACAGUUUUUUUCUAAUGUGGUCGUAACAGUAACCAAAAUAACGUUACAAAAGUCUCUCUUGUACAUGAUCCAAAUCCUGUUUCAAGCCUACACGUUGGAGAAAAAAAGUAAAAAAAAAAAAAGACUUUUAAUAAUUUCUUGGUGUACUACCUGAAACCAGUAAGUUU